CUGCUUCGUUUCGUAAGAAAUAGCAGCUGUCGAGAUAAUUUGAAUUUGUAAGUUGCUCUCGCUGGACCGUUCUCAAAUUAUGCAAAAUCUCGCUGCCAAGAGUGUGCAAGACUGUACUCUCUAUAUCGGCGAUCUCGAUACUUAUCCGCCUUGCCGAUAUUACGUAACUUUGCAAUCGAUCGGGAUCUCCAUUACGGCGAGAUCGAUCGCCAAGUAUCGAUAUAGGCGGGAUCAAACGCGAGAAGCGCGGGAGGGCGCAUCCGCGAUGCACCUGCGUGUCCUCCGCAAUGCGGAAGUUUAAAGAUGUAAUCAGCGAUGGUGUAUACCGACCGCGUUAAUACCAGCGAACACGUGCGUUAUUAUUAUUCUUGGAGCGGUCGACUGAGAUUAAUUCGACGAUGGACGGAAUCGUAUUGAUCACACGUUUACGUUACACGCCUCCAGCCGCCUCUCGCUGUAUUCUCGCGCGCGUGAUUUACGCGGAAAACGCGGCGGAAACGGCGGCGGUAUUUACUCGGGUUACUUCUCCGCUGUUUCACGACGCCGAGGGUUUCCUCGGAGUGAGACUUCGCUGGCCGGAAUCGUGGGAAAACAUUACGCCCAGAGAAAAAGCUCGAGGUAAUUCGUCGUCCCGAGACGAUUGACAUCGUUCGCGGCGCGUGAUCAUGGCGGUUGAUAUUCUGGACGAAGAUCACCUGGCCGUGAGCGCAAUCGUCACGGUCGGUAUGCAACUGAUCUUCUUCACGAUCGCCGCCACCUUCCAGUUGGACAAAUUGACGGAUUUCGCCGGUGGCACCAACUUCAUCAUCCUCGCCCUCCUCACUUUUUUUCUCGGUCAAGUGGGCAAGACGUACGACAGCCGACAAGUCAUGGUGACGCUGUUCGUGUGUGUGUGGGGCGUGCGGCUAUCCGGGUAUCUCUUGUAUAGGAUCGUCAAGAUAGGUCGCGACAAGAGAUUCGACGAUCGUCGCAGCAACGUCAUCCGCUUCGCCGUGUUUUGGACAUUCCAGAUCGACACUGAGGAGAACAUCUCGAUCGUUUCGCAGGCUGUGUGGGUGUACGUCGUCAGUCUGCCUGUGAUAAUUAUUAAUUCCCCGCGUCACAAGAUACCGCCCGCGCCGAAAACCAUGACGACGCUGGACAGCGCCGGCACCGGACUCUUCGUCAUCGGUUUCUUAGCCGAGACUUACGCCGACCUGCAAAAGUUCGCUUUCAAGCAGGACCCGGUGAACAACGGGAAGUGGUGCAACGACGGGCUCUGGAGGCUGUCGCGGCACCCGAACUACUUCGGUGAGAUCGUGGUCUGGUGGGGAAUCUUCGUGAUAUCCUUGAACGUGAUCGAAGGCGCGGAAUGGGUGGCUAUCGCUUCGCCGAUCUUCACCACGUUCAUCAUUUUAUUCCUGUCGGGCAUGCCGUUGUUGGAAAAAGCGUCGGAUGAGAGAUACCGGGACAACGCCGAGUAUCGCUAUUACAAGCAAUCCACGUCGCCGCUGAUACCGAUACCGCCGUCCAUCUACGUGGAAGUGCCACGAUUCCUCAAGUUCAUCCUGUGCUGCGAAUUCCCGCUGUACGACUCCCUGGACGUGAAGCCGCGCUCGGCCGUCACCGAGUCGACGUCCAUCAGCUUGGCCGCGUCCACGUAGCUAUAACCACACGCCGGACGACCGAAUUCAGAGUCCGGCGUGCAGCUGACGACCACCGCCACAACCACGGCCAGUACAGCCUUCUAAGCGCACUCCACCAGCGCGUCUCGGCGCAGCCACGAUAGUUCCCCUCUGUCUUGUCUGUCCUUCCCGAAUACGGCUAUGAUCCUGACAUGCUGAUAUUUGUGAUCUUCUGGAUACACGUUUGGUUUCCUCUUGGUGUCGGCAUUAUUCUCACAGGGUUGCUCGGUAUGAACGUGUUCGAAUGGGCGCUACUAGGUCGGUAUUGGUGGAUGGAUACCAUUUGAGACAGAUCCUUUUCUUCGGGAUAGAAGGGAUCACUAAGGCGAGGUAUUAUUUUUGUAAGCAAAAGUUCUCACACCGCGACGGCCAUUGAGAGAACGGGCGGUGCUUCUUCACGGUGACUUCUUAUGCAGGAUCGAAUGAUGAGAAAGAAGUAGAAGGAGGAGGAAGAGGAGGAGGAGAAAAAAUUAUUUUUGUAGCGAUGUACGAAUAUAUUAAUGUAAAAGUUAGCUUGCUGAUGACCAAUUCGAACGUCUUUCCUGCACGACAAGUCACUGACGGUAAUUUGCGCGUGUAUCUGAAUUAUUCUCUUAAAAAGUGCAGAGGCUAGCAGCACGCGAUAUGAGAUAUACGAUACUUCGUGCUCGAAGUGAUAGCUAGAUUCUGAGGGCACUCGCAAAGGUGUGUCAUUCUAUAUUUGGCGCUCAUUGAGGCGCCGGUUGAGGAAUAGAACGAACGAUGCGAGGAUAUGAUACUCUAAAAGUGAUCUCUGCUGACACGAGUUCUGUCAUUCGUUUCUCAUGUUUAUUGUUGACUAACAAGUACACACAUGUCUCAAGUAACGCAUAAAACAAAAUCUAAAAUUGAGAUUCGAACUCGUAAUUGCGAUAAGCCGGAGAUGAAGCAAACAAAUAGUUAAUUCUCAACUUGAAAUUUCGUCAAUAGCGACGAGUUAUAAAGUCGGCAUGGAUUAUAAUGGACAAUUAUAAUAAUUGACACUUGACACUGUGGAUUCAUUGAGGAUAAAACAAUUGGCUGAAAAGGCUAAACAAUACAAUACAAUACUCUGAUUCUUGCAAUUCACAGCGAGAUACGGUACAAGAAGAAGCAAUACACAUCGUGAAAAGAAUAAGAGAAUGAACGUAACUGAAUUUCAUCGCGUACCUCGUUACGAUUGCUGUUUAUUCCGUUAGUGCGUCACAUAGGACGCUCACGAGGUAACGUAUUAGAUGCGAUACACGAAUACACGGUGAUACAUCUAUUGUGUGCUACGUUACCGUCGUUUCUUUACCCAUCAUACAUUCGGCUCAAUGGAUCGAAUCAUCAACAUGCUUCCUACGAUUAAGUAUGCCCUUAGGAAAAAUUAGAACUAAAAGUAAGUAAAAGAGGAAGAAUUAGAAUUAAAAAGAAGUAAAAAAGGGACUUCGAUUUAGGUUUGAAAUAGUGAAGUAAAUUCGGAUCGCGAUUGUAGUGAACAUAGACGUAAAGCAAAAAAAAAGAAAAAAAAAUGAAAAUACGGUUUAUCUUAUCGAAACGAAGCAACGUGUUUAACAAUGUGUCAAGAGAUCGAAACGAACCUCUAUCUAUACGUAGAAAGAUUCGAAAGAACAGAUUUGUCCCAUUCUUGUUGAAAAUCGAGGCUUUCAGUCGUAUUAUUGAGACUUUAGCAAUAUUAAACAUAUCUCUGUGCCGAGAAUAGGAUGUCCUUAUAAAAUACGAGAUAUUCGAUGAAGAAAAGAAAAAAAAAGAAAAUACAAAUUACAAACGAAAUCGACGAUAAGAAACAUACAUAAUAUACUUGGGAUAACAACUCAGUUUGACGUGACGAGCGAGGCAGCGAUCCCCUUCGAGGAUCGACGAUUCAAAUGUUACUUCUUCAUUCUUCAUUGUUAUGUAAGUCUUCAAAGUUUAGAUAAUAAAGAAUGAUUGACUCCUUUAAUGAUUGUGCAUUUUCAUUUCGAAUACGUCGGACGAUACACGAUAUUAUUUCAACGCAAA